GUCGCCCGCUCCGGGGGAGGGGGUGGGGGGUUUCACUUCCGGGACGGUGUUCCGGCCCAUUCCGGCCCAUUUCCACCCCCGGAGCUCUCACCCUUCCAGUGCCGACGGUAGAGAAAGACCUUACUCCAGGGGCUUCCUCCUCACUGGGGAAUUGCCGGAAAGAGCAAACAAAACAGGCGCUGGUGUAGGCACCAAAAUAAACACAUCUGAAUUCAUGAUGGCAUCGACAGAGGCUCUUAUUGGAUUAAAAGUUUCAAAACAAACAAAAACGCUUUGGAAAAAGCAGGGUUGAAUGCCUGCCUACACCCUUGGGCACGACCAUGGAGAAGGGUGGGAACAUACAACUGGAGAUCCCUGACUUCAGCAACUCUGUCCUGAGCCACCUAAACCAGCUGCGCAUGCAGGGCCGCCUCUGCGACAUUGUGGUCAACGUGCAGGGACAGGCGUUUCGGGCCCACAAAGUGGUCCUGGCUGCCAGCUCACCCUAUUUCCGGGAUCACAUGUCCUUGAACGAGAUGAGUACUGUCUCCAUUUCAGUCAUCAAGAACCCUACUGUGUUUGAGCAGCUCCUUUCCUUCUGUUACACGGGGCGGAUCUGCCUGCAGCUGGCAGACAUCAUCAGCUACCUGACGGCUGCCAGUUUUCUGCAGAUGCAGCAUAUCAUAGACAAAUGCACCCAGAUUCUGGAGGGCAUCCACUUCAAAAUUAACGUGGCAGAGGUUGAAGCAGAAUUAAGUCAAACGAGGACAAAGCAUCCAGAAAGACCCCCGGAGUCUCACCGGGUGACGCCGACCCUAAACCGGUCCCUCAGCCCACGACAUAAUGCCGCAAAGGGAAACCGGCGAGGUCAGGUUAGUGCUGUGUUGGAUAUCAGGGAGCUCAGUCCUCCUGAGGAGUCCACCAGCCCUCAGAUCAUUGAACAGAGUUCUGAUGUGGAGAGUCGGGAGCCCAUUCUUCGAAUCAACCGAGCGGGACAGUGGUACGUGGAGACAGGGGUGGCAGACCGGGGGGCCCGGAGUGAUGAUGACGUUAGAGUUCUUGGGGCAGUGCACAUCAAAACGGAAAACCUGGAGGAGUGGCUGGGGCCCGAGAAUCAGCCUUCCGGAGAAGACGGAAGUAGCGCCGAGGAAGUGACAGCCAUGGUGAUCGACACCACAGGUCAUGGUUCUGUGGGGCAGGAAAAUUACACUCUGGGACCUUCAGGAGCCAAGGUGGCUCGGCCAACAAGCAGUGAAAUUGACAGAUUCAGCCCCUCGGGCAGUGUUGUUCCCUUGACGGAGAGACACCGGGCCAGAAGUGAGUCUCCCGGGAGAAUGGAUGAGCCUAAGCAGCCCAGCUCCCAGGUAGAAGAGUCUGCAAUGAUGGGAGUAAGUGGCUACGUGGAGUAUCUCCGAGAGCAAGAAGUAUCCGAGCGGUGGUUCCGGUACAACCCCCGUCUCACCUGCAUCUACUGCGCCAAAUCUUUCAACCAGAAGGGGAGCCUGGACCGCCACAUGCGCCUGCACAUGGGGAUCACGCCAUUCGUCUGCCGCAUGUGUGGCAAGAAGUACACCCGGAAGGAUCAGCUGGAGUAUCAUAUCCGCAAGCACACAGGCAACAAGCCCUUCCACUGUCACGUCUGUGGCAAAAGCUUCCCCUUCCAGGCCAUCUUGAAUCAGCACUUUCGCAAAAACCACCCUGGCUGUAUUCCCCUAGAGGGGCCUCACAGCAUCUCCCCCGAAACAACUGUCACAUCCCGAGGACAAGCCGAGGAAGAGUCCCCUUCACAAGAAGAGACAGUUGCUCCUGGGGAAACCGCCCAGGGCUCUGUGUCCACCACUGGGCCAGAUUGAAACAUGGAGGGGGAGGGGGCAGACCCUCUUCCCCUUUGGGCCGUAAGCAGCCAGCAUCAGGGCCAUGGGCUGGUACUUAGAUUCACAAAACGCCACAUCACUAGAUCGGAAGACGCUCCCAAGAUGUUGCCAAACUAGAGGAUCAGCAACAUACGCAGAAGCACGAGAGGCUCUUCCCCCUCCUCCUUCCCACCUCAUACUUCGGAAAAUAAUCAAGUAAAUCAACUUUCUAAUUCAGGGAUCAACAGCCUUGGUUUGUUAACUUUAUAAGAAAAAAGAAUUUUUUAACAAAACAGUGAUAAAUGGUCAUUUACCUACCAGUCAUAUUUGAACACUGUACUUUGGUCCAUGUCAUCCUGGUGGCUGUAAUUGCCCAGAUCUAAAACACAGCAGGAGCCUUGGUCAUCUGAGCCAGCCAGCCACGAGAGAGGAGGAAGUGAUCCAGGACUAGAAGGUGACAAGGACGAGGAAUUUCUCCUCUCCCUUCCCUGCCCAAGCAUGCAAUUUCACAUUUCAAGAAGAAAAAAGAAUCCUGGCGGUUGUUACUGUUUUGAAAGUUUGGACCUUCUCUUUGCCCUGAUUAGGCAUCUGUUACUUUGCCUGAUUGUUCCGUGUGAGCCGUCUCCGAGCCGUGUUCUGGGGUCCUCGUGGGCAGCGUCACCUGAAGCUCUCUAGGCAACUGGAAGGGAAAUGAGCAACAAAGUGUUUGCAGUAGGUUCUGCUACAUUUGGGGGCUUGGGUAUCAUGUUGGGGAAGAGGGGAGCGGGGAAGGAAGGGAAGUUUUUGUGCAAAUGUCCAGUGGCAGGGAGCACUGCAACUUCUGGGUUGGUGUUUGUAAACCAUAGUGCUUCAGUAUCUUCGGGUGUUAGGAAAUGGCUCCACUCCAGAUGAAUUCAUGUGUUAGGCUGACUACCAAAGUUUCAUCCAGUCUCUCUGGCUCCUACUUUCACAUAACAGCAAUAUUUUACAUCAAAAAUGUCACUUUCUAGUGAAAGAGCCUGGACUGUAUUUUUAAAUUUACAGGUCUCCAUAUUUGAUAACUUUUAUAUGAAGUUUUAAACACAUUUUUUCCACACUAUUGUGGUUGAAGAAAUCCAGCGUGAUGGUCCGUAUUGCAACCACAAUUCCAUUUCCUUCUACAUAUGUAAUAGUUUAUAUUUUCAGGCCAAUAGAAGAACCUCACUAAAUCCAUGUCUUGCGUCUGCAAACCUAGGAAUUCAUAAACCAACCAUCAGCAAAUUGCUGGUGACUCCAAGAGCUUUGCUUUUUAAUAAUACACUACAGGGCAUUUACCAGAAAACAUCAGGCACAAUCAUGUCGCAAUAAAUUGAUCAAGGGAUCAAUUUUGAUCAGGUUUGGUUACUUAAUCAUUCCUAAGAUUUUUAAAACUUCUAGGGACCUUUUUGGUAAUUUGGGGGAUUUCCGAGAUUCUUCAUCCAGCACUGAGAGUCAGAAGAAAUUUAGCAAAUGUGUAGAGUUUUAGAUGCCCUGUCUUGCUUUCAGAGAAUGAAGGAGGAUUAUUAAGGGAUGCAGGCAAGCAGAUGCAAAUAGGAAAGAAAAAUCUAUAGCUUUUCCUCUUCAUUAAAUUUUUAAGAGUAUUAAAAUAUGCAGUGGUUUAAGAAAUUGUUUUGGUGCCAAGGCACAGAUGACUGUAAAAGAGAUUCGGGGCUGGUCAUGCCUGCACCAGUGAGCCAUCCGGAAGAACGGUAGCGGUGCGUCCUCUUUCUAAAAAUGCUUUGCGUUUGUGUGUGGAAAGGUGGGUAGGAAGGAAUGGCAUUUCUCUGAUGAUAGAAAGUUAGAAUGCAAACAAUAACUCAUAAGCAAGCUGAGACUUGCGCAUACACAAAGCUGCACCAUAUCACUGGAGAGUAGUUAUUUUCUCUUCUGGAAAAAUGUAGCAGUGUGUAUUUUAAUAGGACUGCCAUGAUGCUACUAUUCGUUGAGAGCCUUCCCUUAAAUGAUAUGUUGAAGCUUUGUCUUUAGGAGACUUAGACUGGAGCAUUCUCCUCUUCAGUGGGGCAACAGCGUGAUAGGGCCAUACAAGUGGAUUUGAAAUUAGACUGAAAUCUCUAGGGAAACAUUUUAGCUGGUAAUCAAGGCUGUCCGCGGGACAGAGUUUGCCAUUACUAAAUAGGCAGGAAGGUGAGAAGUACAGAAUAUGCUGCUGUAGAUGGAGCUUUUAAGCUUACCAAAAAAUAUUAAGUCCAUCCUACUUUUGAGAAGUAGUAUGCUGGAAAGUUCUUUAUGUUUUGUUAGUUUCUUAGAUUUUCCGUGAGAAAAUGCUUUUUAAACUAUUACCAAAUUGUGAAGGUGAACUGCAGUAAUUUUUGUAAAGAGAAACUUUGUGGCAUUUGUCAGUACUCCAUCCAGGAUUAGCAAUGAGCAUUUUAAACAAAGUAGAGACUGUCUAGUAGAUGCGGAAAUGCUGGGAGUGCUUUUGGUGGGUUCCCCUCCGUUUUCAUCCACUAGUAAUAGGUUUUGCUGUAUUAAUACUGUGAAUAGAGUGCUACCCGGUCUUCUAGGACCACAUCAGCACAAUCGUGUUGGCUGGUUCUCACCUCUUCAUUGGCCUAGCCCAGAGCCAUGGAAUUUAUGAAGAUUCAAGCCAGGCUAGCUUUUAAAUAGAGUAAAGUUUCUGAAAGCAAUUUCCAUUUUAGCCAGAAAAGAUAUUAUUAUUCUAAAUAACGAUCCAAGAUUCUUACCCAGGUUCACUGUGACAUUGUCCUAGGUCUUAGGUAACAUCACUGUAGGGUCAUAGGAGUAGUUAGCAUUCUGUCUACCUUACUGAAUAGCUGUAUCGGUGUGUGCACAGAGGAUACCUCUCUUAAGGAUGUACUAGACGGACUUUAGCUAAUGCUGAAAACUCAUUACCAAAUCGUAACUUGCACGUGUCACCUUGUGAAGGGAACUGCAUUAGCAAUGAGAGCUAAAUCAUCAGUAAGUACUUUAAUGCCAUGAAAUAGCCAACACUGGGACUGUUUCCAUUCAUUGAAUGGCGCUGGAUAGCAAAGGGGCUACCCAGUAUUCUCAGCAAAGGAAGAGAGACGGCAGUAUCUUAAUCUGCCUUCAUUCUAAGAGGUACCUUUUAUUCUCUCUGAACUCGGACACCAGGAUAAAUAUAGCAUUGGCAUGAACACUGUACUUAGGCAGAAAAGUCUCUUUCUAAUGACUUGUUCUCUUUACUCAGAACCAUAUUUACCUCUGAACUGAGUUGAGUUUUAUUUUAUGUAAUUUGCCAACUCCCCCCGCAAGCCAUCACUGUAGCAGACUGCGGUUAAGUCGAAUCUUGAGUAAGUAAAAAUAAAGUCAUUCCUAAAUGAUAAGAUUGGAAAAGGGAGAUAGCAGUUAAGGAAAGUUUUCUUGUUAUUUUGUUUUUUGGUACUUUUAGAUGUUUCCGGUUCCCUCUCCAUCAGUGAAACAGGGUUUCCAAAGAUGUUACAACAAUAGAAAUAAACUCUUAUCUUCCCAACUUCAUAGUUGAAAUCUGGCCUUGAUUGGAAGUGGUCUGGGGGAAGAGUGAAAUAGUGAACUUCAUCCUUAAUAGCUGAAUAGUCUUCGGUCAAGAAAUAACGUUAAAGAAAAUUUAGUUGUUACUUGACACUAAUUUUGUUUCUUUUAACUGGCAAAAAUUAUAUUUUGUUUGACUAGAAGAUCUAAUUUAAAGAAAUAAAAACAUUGGUUAAUGGAAAGGAAGUUAAAUUAAACAAAGGCAAUAGUCUUCUUAAUCAUAGUGGAAAGCAUUUAAUCAGAAAGGAGUUGGAAUCCUGGAAGUUUUUCUUUGUUCAGAUAAAACAGACAUGUGUUUUUUGUUUCCUCUUUCCCAAAUGCCCUUCUCUUUAUCUCCUUACUGGUUUAAGGCAUAAUAGAGAAGUCCUUAUUGAACUUGUUUUUGAAAACAGGGCUCUUAAGCCAUUUGGGAAAGAGUGCAAAAUAUUAAAGUACUGUAGUUACUGAGAUUUAGAAAAGGGACGGCCAAGCUAUUAAGUCAGGUAAAUCCCUGAGUUCCUGAGGAUGCCCCUUAGCAUACUCCUGGAAUUUGUGAAUUAGAUCAGAGUUGAGCAAACUGCAGCCCCCAGGGCCAAAUCCUGAGGCCGUCUGUUUAUACAAAGACAAUAGCUUGGGAUACCUGUUCUUGGGGUGUCUUGUAUGGCCACUUUCUACCAUAAUGGCAAAGUUGAGUACUUGUGACAGAGACCACUGGCCAGCAAAGCCUGAAAAUUUACUAUUUGUCACUUGACAGAAAAGUUUGCUAACUCCAGAUUUAGAUUUGGAAGAAUCUCCCGAAUUUGUUACUCCUGCCAUUUUGUCUUUGUAAUAAUUGGGUUGAAGUUUUAAAUUCUUGUUGCCAUAUAUGCAUCCGUUCCUUGAAAGAGCUUAUCAUCUUGUUCCUGAUCUUUUUCUCAUAACCCUCUCUGUGUUCCUUCUUUAUGAUUCCCAUUGCUUUAAAAGCAUUUAGAAUAGCCUUGUGAUCUGUCCUUGCCUUAAAGGUGCAGAUAGAUCAAAGUUUAGGAUGGUAGUUACUGAUGUAACAAAGUAAUUAAAAAGAAUAAUUCCCGUGCAUAAUAAUGUAGGGUUAAAUGAGUACCAUGUUUACAUAAAAUACUGUAAAAAAAAAGUUAAUGUUUUUAUAAGUAACUUUUGCCAUUCCUCUGAGUUAACUUGAACUGGUUUGCAUAAUGAUGACAAGAAUGAAUUUAUUUCCACUAAUAUUAAAAAUUAACUUCUGUUAUGAA